AUGAUCGUUUCGAGACUAACCAGUAAAAUAUUUGAACAUAAUAAUGCAAUUUGGAUGAAUCAAGAAAACGAAGGAAAUGAUUUAGGAGCUGAACCAAAAGAUGCACUGAGAGCUGUAUUAUUACUUGUCUUAUUUCUAUUAACUUUUGGAUCCGCAAUGGUGAGUUUUUUAACAAAAUAAUUGAGCUAUGACGUGGCAAAAAUUGAAAACUUCUAAAAUUGUUUCACUUUGCGCAAAUUUUCAAAAUGACGAGAUAGUUGAAAAGUUAUUUCAAAUUUUUUCGGAAAAUCUCCGAUUUUGAAAUAACUAUGAACUCAUUUCUAAGUUCUAACAAUUUAUAUAUUUCAAAUAACAAGUAAGAAAUGUUUAUAGUUUGAAUCCAAAACAGCAUAUAAAAUAAGAGUUUUUGACAAAAAAUUUCGCUUAUGAAAAAUCCGAAAAUAGUUAUUUUUCUAGAUCUCAACUCUUCUGAAAGGCGAAUGGGCUCGUAGUCAUUUAUUAUCAUUUGUUUCUUGUGUUGGUGGAGGUGUUUUUCUUGGAGCCUGCUUGUUGGAUCUUUUACCAGGUAACGUUGUUUUUUUUUUCGAAAAAAUCUUCUUCAACGUUUUUUGUUAGAUUCAAUCGAAAGUUUCGAAAAAACCAAAUUACAAGUGGAUUUUCCGAUUCCUUUGGCUUUUGUUGCUUUUGGAUUGCUUCUUGUUUUAACAAUUGAUCAGAUUGCGAGAUUAGCAAAAGAACGAAAUGUAUUUGGAGCACAAGGAUAUCAUGUGCACAGUCAUGAUUAUGAAAUGCCAACGUGAGUUUUUGAUUUUUAAUUUUAAAAUUGAAUAAAAAAAUUUUAUACAUUUGUUUUCAGCGAAGAUGAGGAAAAUUCGGAAGAAUCAUCGCGAAUUGGAGCAAUUCUUCUUGUUUGUGCUCUUUCAGUUCAUGCAUUAUUUGAGGGUUUAUCUCUUGCUGUAACUUCCGAUGCUUCACAAUUGUUACAAGUUUGUUUCUUCUUUUUUCUUCGCUUUAUUCUCGAAUCACGCGUGUUUUUUUCAGAUUUUUGGUGCAUUGGUUCUUCACAAAUGUAUAAUGGGUUUCUGUUUGGGUGUUCGAUUGGUGCAGGCGAAAAUGACAACACCGUGGUUGGCAUUGGCCGCUUUUGUAUUUAGUGUUCAAGUUUUGAUUGGUGGAUUGGCGGGAAUUGGAAUAAUGCGGUUUAUUAGUGGAGGAGAACAAUCGGUUGCCGCGGUUGUUUCGUCGAUUUUGCAAGGUAGGUUUCGGAAUUUAUUCAUUUGGGAUUGAACCACUGAAAUUGAAUUUCGCAGAAAAUUUUGCAUCAUUUUCGGAAUUGUUAAACUUCAGUCUUAAAAAGCAUUUUAAAGUUUUCAUCUAGAAAUUUUUUGAAAUGAAGUUGAAACAGAAAUUUGAAAUUCGGUACAGAAUUUACAGAAAACCUUUUGAUGGAAAAUAUCAGAUGUAAUCAAGACUUUUUAUAUCAAAACAGGGAUUUUUUCUAUCCGGGAUGUUCAAUUGACCUUUUAUUCCAUGUCCACACUUUUUCUUUUAUUUUUCCCACGAUAUCUCUAAUUUUGAUCAAAAUAAGUAUUUCUCAUUUCCUAUUUUGCAGCAAUCGCUUGUGGAACAUUUCUUUAUAUCACCACUUUCGAAGUGAUUCCUCACGAACUUCACAAUGGAAAACAUCGUCUCGCCAAAUUAUUCUUCAUUUAUGUUGGCUUUUUUGUUGUUGUCGGGUUCAUUCUUGCUUUUCCAGAUGCUUCAUAG